UCGCGGAUAAACUAUCUUAUGUGAGACUUAAUUCUAAUAUAAAGUUGCUUAAAGGGAAAUAAAUAUAAAGAAAAUAAUCGAUUUUAGCAUAAAAUGCAAAAAUUCAAUAUCUAUUUUUGCAUUUCACUAAUUUACAGCUGGACAUAUAGAGGAAUUUUACCUGGUGUUAUUAACAGACAUGGCUAACAAAGAAGAGGCCGAGAAACUGCAUUUUAAUGUGGACUUAUACAAACAAGCUAAGUACCAUCUGCAGUUUUUGAAAACUAUUGAAAAUAUACCAGAACUAAAACAAACAAACGUACUGAAGCGAGCCGUUUACAGAUAUGAAAAAUUUUGGCUACCGUUAGCUGCUGACCAUACCGACGAAUGUCUUGUCGCUCCAUUAGACAUAGAGUGGGUUUGGCAUUGUCAUAUGUUAAACCCGGAAGCAUAUGAGAGAGAUUGUCAGACAAUCGUUGGCAUAACUAUAAAUCAUACACUUCAUAAUCAGGCUUCAUUUAUAGAAAAACAAAACGAGGCACGACAAUAUUGGUUACAAAAGUAUGAAACACAAGCCGAACCUUUUGACAUAGUCUUCACUACGACAAAUGAUCAACAUGGUGCUCCACAAUAUGCUUCACAGUUCAAAUACGACAUCAUUGGAGCGGCAGGGAGACAGGCGGUGUUUUACUAUCAAGUGUCGUUACCACAUUUCAAAGAUGGCAUGUUUCUAGAACAUUCUGUUUUAAGGUACAAACAGUUCUUAUACAUUAAAACUAAAGUUGAGCAAGACUUCCUUGUCCCGUGUUAUGAUAUAGACCUCAUCUGGCACACCCAUCAGCUUAAUCCUGUCGUCUACAAAGAUGACAUGGUUAGGAUAAUUGGCUACUUAUUUAACCACGACGACAAUGUGAACGAUAGAAGUGAAGAUUCUAAACUUAAUAUGGCUGGAAAGGAGACAAGUGAAAACUGGAGGACAUUUUACGGCGAGAAUUUCUCACUACCAGGAGCAAUGUACCGAGGUACACCACCACAGGGACGCCUACAUGUUGUCGAUGAUCUGUUACAUCUAAACUUUGAUAAAGAAUACAUGUCAGUAAACAAAAUAUGUACAAUUUCUUUGAACAAGCUGAUAUUGACAAUGUCAUCUGGGGAUUCAAAUAGAUACAGAAGUGUUAAACUGACAGGGUCAAUCUGUAAAGGGUUCUUAAUAGUUAAAUCAUGGCUAUCUUUAACUUGCCGGUUUACUUCCUCUUCUGAAGCACCCGACUCUAUAGAAAUGACAAGAGUUGGUUAUUACAAGUUAGAUACAAAAACUGCUGAUAACAUUCGGUUUGAAGUAUAUGGUCUGUCGGGAGUUGCUUGCUGUAAAUCUGAAACUUUUCUAGGAUCUAGUACAUUGAAUGUACUACCAAUUAUAAAUCAAAGGCAAUUUGCAAAAUCUGGUGGAACAAUACAAGAGAAUAUCACGCUUGGUAACAAUAUAUCUUUAAAUAUUGAGGGCUAUUUCUCUGUGCUUGAAUUUGAACACGUCAGCAGGGUACAAAUGCUUCUGCGGAACAAUGUACAAAUCUUUCUUGAGAGAGGACAAUAUAAAACAGUUACCAUUCCAGAAGAUGUCCAACAACUCUUUGGUCCGGUAGCUCUAGAAAGUCGCCCUGAAGGUGCAAGCAACCUUUGUCAAACAGCUACUCAUCGGUUGAAGAGUUUAUCUGGAGAAACAAUGCCUGUUGAAGUUACAGUCAUUCAUAGCCAGCCGUUGUUAAUGUCAGUGAUUCAAGUAAUAUGUAAUGAGAAGAUGGUUGCCGUAGCUCACCUGAUUGCUUCUGACCAACUUCCUCUGCCAACGCAGGUUUCUGAAGUUAACGUUAAUCUUAACCCGAAGAAAGGAGAGCGAGCCGUCCUUAUAAAGAACAACGAAGGUGACUGGGGAAUCGUUAUAGGUUGUUGGAGAGAUUUCAAAAGAGGCAUCAAAGGAAAACUAAGUGAACGAGCUGUGCUUGGCAAUCCUGGACAACCUACGGCAAGAUUUUACAAGUUUUCAAGCGACAAGAUAAUAGAUAUUUACCAAUACAAAAGUAGUAGACUGGCCAUUGAAGGAUUUGAAGUCGACAUUACUGGCAGCAUUAUUCAAAUCGAUGCAACCAACAAAGAAAUAGCAGAAAAUAUUGCACUUGUAUUUUCUGUCGCUCUUUUACAUGUUUUAUGUGUACCGAGACCGGAAGGAUAUGUAGAUGGUCAAAAGGUAGAACCGACCGGAAGUUUAUUUCGAGGUGAUAAAUCAGUAUCUGUUGUUAGCUAUGAUACCAUGCCGUUCAUGAUAGCCUCAGGAUUACACAGCAACACGCCUUCAAAUUACUAUAUAAGUAGAACGUUUGGAAAUAUGACAUGUUGUAUGUGUGGAGGAAGAGAAAUAAAAUGUGACGCGGAUAUGUGGAAAAAACUUCAGGGCAAGGACGGGGAUGAUCCUAACAGCACCGGUUGUGGAUGUGGAGGCAGCACUUCUAUAAAUCAUAAGCAAUUUUCAGCCGGCUUGGUAGGUGCCGGUUGUGGAGGUUGCGGGGGUCGCAAGUGCCGGUCAGAAUGCGGCUCCUGUGGGGGUCAUGGAAAGUACUAUAUGAGCGCUAAUACUUCAAAAUCAAGCAAAGGUGCUCGCUCUGGCACUGGUCAUGCCGGUACAGAGACAAAAAGUGGAACAGGUGAUUCUUCAAGUUUUGCCGUUGACCAUUUACACAUUUCUGUAUUAGACUGUGACAGUGGUGGUUGUGGUGGCGGCGGCGGGGACAGUGGGGGAGGAUGUGAUAGCGGAUUUGAUUAAUUAUACUCUCAUCAGUCAUUUAACAUUUCAAACAAAUAUUAUAUUAUUAAACGCAAAAUAAAGACAUCAAUCUACUUAAUUGGCAAAGCCCUCAUUUCAAAUUAGGUUUUGGUGUCGUGCAAACGGGCUUGCACACAAUAUAAAGUGCAUAUAAAUAAGAAAAUUAUAUAUAGAAAUAGCCCAGAUAAUGUACACUUAAACAAUGUUAAUGGAUAGUUCUAUAACGAUUUUAUAACAUUAUAGGCACAAGGAAACUUCGAGUGAUAUGUUGACUAAAAUCAAGAGCACCGCAAAGGCGGAUCAAUAUAAGCCUGAUUCUGGCACAGGCACGAGUCUCGGACUUGGGACGAAACAAUACGACCAGAUUGAAACUAAAAAACCUGUGUUCAUCUUAAAUGUGUCAAAAAAAUGUAAAAUAAGAGCCCUCUUAAAAUAUACUGUAAGUUAAGAGAAGGCCGGAAAGUCCAGAUUCGAGCCUACGAGCAAGUUCAUUUCUCGGGCCGAUGUGAAAACAAUUGUCCAGACAAAUUAAACAUUUAUCACUAUUUAACAUUUGUAUUAAGCUUCCAAAUGAGACCGACCCCAAGUAUCUGGCCCUUCCCGUUCAGGAAAUGCGCGCAUUCUGCUAAAAUUCCCUGGUAGCCAAAUUGCGGCACAAAGAUUUAGUACGUAAAUACAGAUAAAUACACGUUUGUCAGCAGAGUGCAGGUCAAAAUCAUUUGAAUUUGCUAAAUACAUGUACUCAUUAAUAACUCAGUUUUGACAAUUUUAUUUGUUUUCUGACACAUUUAAGAUUACGGUUUUUUUACAAAUCUUGUCAUAUAUUUUCUUCCCAUGUUCGAUUCUCGUGCCUGUGGAUUCUGGUUUAUCAAAAUGUUAUUUCAAUAAAGGAAUAUACAUGUAUUAUUUAUUUUAUUCAUUAACCUUACGUUACUUGGUGAACACGACGGGCAGUGUAGAUUUCAACUGAUUAUCACUCUAUAAACAAAGUGACUCCGAAUACACCUCGUUCAUGAUUUACAUGUAUGUAUAUCACUAGGACCACAAGGUGGUGCAUACAUACAAGCGAUCUACGUCUAUGUUAUGUGCAUUGUAGUGAGAGGUUUAGGAGAUGCUUAUAAUAUAAGCUUUUUCUUACCCUGGCUAGCCCUUAUAGACAUGGUGAUAAUUGUUCAGAGCAUUGUUUUAUGCAUUAAUCACUUCACAAAAAGUUGGCUAUAAAAAAAUCAAAAUAUUAUUAAAACAUAACUAUAAAGUCAAGAGUUUAUUUGUUUAUUUUAUUCUUUCGUUGCAAAAGUUAGCCAAAAAUCAAUAAACAUGAAAACUAGACUUGAAUCUAAACAGUGUAGCACCAUACAUAUUUUUGUAAUUUUUCAAUACUUUGGAAAAAAAACAACAUUAGAGUCAAAUAAAUUUGUUGUUUGUUAUCAAUAA